AUGGUCUCGGGAGUAGCACGCCGUGUGCUGCUCCCACGCCUCGCCGAGCCCUCGCAAGUGUCUCUGGCUACGUCGCGAUAUCAACUAGGAGCUUCUUUCUAUAAGUCCGGAGCUCUACCUCUUCAGUCGAGACUUUUCCACGCUUCUAGCACCCGUCAAGCCGCUCUACCUCCGUUCUCAAUCGCUACAUUCCGGUCAUCGGCAAAUAACUCUCUACCUCGUAAUCAGCUUUCCCUCGCGCACAGUCGGCCCUCCCAGUUUGGUCCCGUUUCGCACGCCUUGCGACAGUUCUCGACGGCACCUCGUCUAUCGCAGGAAAUACAGACCAAGGUCGAAGAAGGCGCCAAGAAACCUGUCGAACUUGAAGCCAAUCGAGCUAUUGCCCAAGAUGAGCACAAACAAGAGUUUACCAAGAGUGAAAAGGCUGCUCGGGCGGCGCAGGUCAACCUGGCUGCUAAACUCUCCAAGGAGGGAAAGCAAGCUGGUAAAGCUGGUACGGAUGAAAUCGUGCGACUGAUCAAGAUUGCUCGCCCUGAAAUCCGCUGGCUCGGGAUCGCUUUUGUCUUUCUGGUAAUAUCUUCUAGUGUCACCAUGUUGAUUCCCUUUUCUGUUGGCCGAAUUUUGGAUCUUGCUACCAAAGGUGAAUCUGAGGAUGUCCGUCUUUUUGGCUUGACCAUGAACCAGUUCUUCUUUGGUUUGGGGACUGUCUUGACUAUUGGAGCUAUGGCCAACUUUGGUCGAGUCGUCCUUCUCCGAAUUGUCGGCGAGCGCGUGGUCGCAAGACUUCGAUCUCAACUUUAUCGGCGUACUUAUGUCCAGGAUGCUGAAUUUUUCGAUGCAAACCGAGUGGGAGAUCUCAUUUCACGGCUCAGUUCCGAUACAGUUAUUGUUGGCAAGUCUGUGACACAGAAUCUCAGUGAUGGUCUUCGCGCCCUCUUCAGUGGAGGUGCGGGUUUUGCUAUCAUGGUCUGGACAAGCCCCAAAUUGACUGGUCUUUUGCUGCUUAUGUUCCCUCCCAUCGCAGUUGGAGCCUUCAUCUACGGCCGCGCUAUUCGAAAUGUCAGCAGGUCGAUCCAAAAGAACUUGGGUACUCUUACCAAGAUCGCUGAGGAACGACUCGGUAACGUUAAGACCAGUCAAGCGUUUGUCGGUGAAGUGCAGGAAAUCGGUCGUUACAAUAAUCAAAUCCGGAAGAUCUUUGCUCUUGGCAAGAAGGAGUCACUUAUUGCUGCCACCUUCUUUGCUUCGACCGGUUGGGCUGGUAACAUGACCAUUCUCGCGAUGCUCAUCGUUGGAGGUGGCUUCGUACGCAGCGGGGCCAUGUCGCUUGGAGAUCUCACCUCAUUCAUGAUGUACACAGCUUUCGCAGGUUCAAGCUUGUUUGGUUUGUCAGGUUUCUACUCAGAGCUCAUGAAAGGAGUUGGUGCCGCGAGCCGACUUUUCGAGCUCCAGGACCGCAAACCAGGAAUUCCACAAACAGUCGGUGUUCGAGUCAAAUCAGCACAGGGCCCCAUCAAGUUCACUGAUGUCAGCUUCGCUUAUCCUACUCGACCUGCUGUCAGAAUCUUUAACGGACUGGACUUCGAAAUUCCUUCAGGCAGCAAUGUCUGUGUUGUUGGCCCAUCAGGAGGUGGCAAAUCAACAGUAGCAUCUUUACUAUUACGAUUCUACAAUCCGACGUCGGGAACUAUCACCAUCAAUGGCCAGGAUAUUUCUGGAAUGAACGUCAAGUCUCUACGAAGGAGGAUCGGUAUGGUUUCUCAAGAACCUGUUCUCUUCUCUGGAACUAUCGCCGAGAACAUUGCCUAUGGAAAGCCUCAGGCCAGCCGUUUCGAUAUCAUUUCUGCUGCUCGAAGAGCCAACUGUAACUUCAUCAGCGAUCUGCCUGACGGGUUAGAAACCCAGGUUGGUGCUCGAGGCUCCCAGCUCUCUGGAGGCCAAAAGCAGCGAAUCGCCAUCGCACGAGCUCUUCUUAAAGAUCCUGAUAUCCUGAUUCUCGACGAGGCUACAUCAGCGCUAGAUGCGGAGUCUGAAACUCUUGUCAAUGAGGCUUUGGCUGGCCUCCUACGUGGCCGUAACACCACUAUCUCUAUCGCCCACCGCCUCUCUACUAUCAAAAGAUCUGACCAAAUCAUUGUUCUCAACAGCGAGGGUAAAGUGGCCGAGAUCGGUAGCUACAAGCAGCUGGCCUCUGACAAGGACAGCGCAUUUAGCAAGCUCAUGGAGUGGCAGAUGAGUGGCGGUGAGGUUUCCAAGGAUGGUGGCUCGACUGCCUCCCGGGCACAUAUAACGGAGGCCGAGGAGCUCGAGGAUGAUCUAGAAAGGGACGAUGAAGAAGAUAGUCUUGAGCACGAGGAAGAGAACAGGGACUCGAAGGAUGAGGAGAAGCGUCCUUGA